UCCUGUGAUUAUAAUAAUUAAAUCUGCCACUGCUAUUAAAUGCUUGUGAUUAGUUGUGGCCAGUCAUGAGGCUACAUUCAUUAUUUAAAAUAAAUGAAAGUACUUGAGUACAAAAGCUAGACAAAGAAAUGUGAAGCGUUUAUUUCAUGCGCAUAUAAACUGAACAGAAGAUUUUGAGCGGGAAACUGUCGCCGCUUGUUUGAAAAGACGCGCCGCACAGUCAUUGGCCAACUGUCAUGCGUACACGUCCACAUCAGCCAAUCACACGCCUCUAAACCCUCACCACACUGCGCGCGUGAUCGUCCUCGGCUUUAAAGUGCAGUGGUGUAACGCUGAUCUUCAUUUACUCUGUUUAACGGAGAAGUGAAUCUCGUCAUCAUGGCAAGAACCAAACAGACCGCUCGUAAGUCCACUGGUGGAAAAGCCCCGAGGAAGCAGCUCGCUACUAAAGCCGCCCGUAAAAGCGCCCCCGCCACUGGUGGCGUCAAGAAGCCUCAUCGUUACAGGCCCGGUACCGUGGCGCUGAGAGAGAUCCGCCGUUAUCAGAAGUCCACUGAACUGCUGAUUCGCAAACUGCCUUUCCAGCGUCUGGUGAGAGAAAUCGCUCAGGAUUUCAAGACGGAUCUGCGCUUCCAGAGCUCCGCCGUCAUGGCCCUGCAGGAGUCCAGCGAGGCUUAUUUGGUCGGUCUGUUCGAGGACACCAACUUGUGUGCCAUCCAUGCCAAGAGGGUCACCAUCAUGCCCAAAGACAUUCAGCUGGCACGCCGCAUUCGUGGAGAGCGCGCUUAAAUCCACAGCGGCGUCAUUCACAUCAACACCAAAGGCUCUUUUAAGAGCCAAUUCAGUUACACUCAACGAGUCUAUUUCCAGUUCAGUUUCAAUCAUCAUUAUUGUUGGUAGUUUAUAAAUCGAUUUGUGUGUCUGGUAGACUUUGAACCCGUUAACAUAAACGCAAAGUCAUAUCGAUAUUAUUGUUUAUUUUUUGCUCCACAUUGUUUCUUGAACUUUGUAAAUGUCUAGUUUACUAUAUUCUGAAUGUGCUAUAAUAUAAACCACUAAACAGUAUACUUCAUUUUAACAACCUGUUUAAAUGGGUGAACUUCAGAUCUGUGUUGCUAUCAGGUCCUGUAGACAAUGGUAAAAUUUCUGUUUGAAGUCCCAACAAUUGUGUGCUGCUCUUGUGUACUUGUAUUAGAUCACUUAAGUAUUUAAUAAACGUAUUUAAACCGCAAAAUAACAGGUAACUAUAUUCUAAUUAAACCAAACACUGAAGAAUUCAAAUGUUCUUAAAAAUCAUUGAAGA